AUGGAAAGUGAAAUCCUAGAAAAAUUUGAGACUUUGUCUCUCUCGUCAACUGAGAAAGAAAGGGUGGUGCUGGGGGAGGAUGACACCAAAAGAGGAAGAGAGGAAGGGAUUCGAAGUCUCAUCGGGAAAAUUUUUGGGGAUAAAAGGAUGAAAUUUUAUGGGGUUAAAAACGCCAUAGAGAAGUCUUUGAGGCAGAAAAGUCUGGGGAGAGUGGAUAAAUUGCAAUCCAACACUUUUCAAUUCAUCUUCUCCAAGGAGGCGGAGAGAGAUGCAGUCAUGCGGCAACGGCCAUGGUCCUUUGACGGCCAUUUUAUGGUGUUGGAAAAAUGGGCUGACGACAUAGAUAUGGAUACAGAGAUCUUCAACUUCUCGUCAGUUUGGGUCCAGAUCUGGAACACCGCUGUCCACUGGAUCUCAAAGGAGAUUGGCCAGAAGUUGGGGAGGAUGCUGGGAGAAGUUCGUGAUGUUAUAAUUCCUGAUGUGGGGGGAACCGAAUACAAACACAUCAAAAUCCUUGUGGAAAUGGACCUAAGAAGACGAUUGGAAAGGGGGACAUGGCUGACCUACAACAGUAAAGAGGGGCUGGCAAGUAAAAGGGAGAAAGGAGAGUGUAGUGGAGUACUAAAAUGGACGGAUGUAGUUAAAAGGGGUUUGAGGGUAGAGGAGGAAGAGUAUGGGAAAUCAGAACAGAUGCCUGGCGAAAGGAUGAGAGCUCUCACAGACCUCCUAAAUAGAGCUAGGCAAGCUGGGAAAGAACCCAUUGUAGGUGGUGGGAACUCAGAUUGGGAUGAUGAUGUCGAAAUGGAACAGAAUAUUGAAGUAGAUGAUAUGUCAGAUGAGGGGGAACCAUUUACUGACUUUGGAGGAUGGGGGGAGAGACAGGCACUAGGUGAUAUAACAAAUAAGGAAAUGCAGGAAGGUGAAACAGUGAGCAUGGGUGGGGUAGGAAAUAAGAGAAACCAGUGGAAGAAACGUGCAAGAAUAACUAAAGGAGAUAACAAGGAAAAGGGAAAGGGGAAGAAACUAGGGAAAGGAGAUGUAAAUGGAAAGAGAAUGAGGGGACCUGAAGUUGAAGAGGAACAAAACAGGGCUGCAAAACUAAAAAGAAGGAAGGAUGUGGUGAUAUCGAAUGUGGAAAACAGAAAUGAAUGUGAAGGAAAUAAGGAGAAUCAGCUAUAUGAGAUUUGGAAGUCUAGAAACACUUGGUGUUUUGAAGGGAAAAGAGUGGAAGCCAUGGAUGUGGUGCAAGCAGCAGGAGUACAUGAUUUAGAGCUUCAACGAUGGAAACCGUCUGAGAAAGGAGUUGUUAGAAUAAAUGUCAACUCAAUGAUGAAGACAGGUGAUCAUGAAGCAGGUUUGGGCUUCUGUGUUAGAGAUACUGAAGGAAAGAUGCUACUGGCUAUGGCAAUGCAUCAGGGCAAAGUACUGAGCCCCUUUGCUGCUGAACUGGAAGUUAUAAGGGUUAAAGCAGUCUUGUCGAUUAAAUUUAGCGAAGGAGGGAUGUCGUGGGAGAUUGAUCUCAGCCGACCUGAUCAAAGGCCUCUUUUUUCCAACACCGACGUCGCUCCUAAUUGGUUUCAUGUACCUGGAGGGGCAUUGGAUUAUAAAAACGGGUCUGAUUUUUGGAGAGCGGGUCUCGAGAUGCUGAACGAGGAAUUUGAUUUCGGUGACAUUCCCGUGAGAGAUGACCUUGUUUUCCCUGAUGAUGAUGAUGACGACACUCCUAGUGAUGAAUCCUCUGAGACAAGAAAAGGAUCCACAUGUUUGGCUUUGGUUUUUAAAGAAGGGGCUAUGGUAGCUGUUGCCCACUCCCAUCCUAUCAGUCCAGACAGGUUGCCUGAGAAUGUUUUUGCCCCUGAUACUCGCACGCUUGCCUUAUUUUCUGGGAAAAUUGCAAACUGGGGACCUUUUCUCAGGGAUUUCGGAAAGAAGUGCUCUUUGCAUGGAUGUUCGGAGGGGAGCACUUCCCUUGAAGCUGCGUCGCAGUCAAUGGUUGACUUUCUGUCUUCUUGCCAAGAGGAGGAGGGGUUGUCAGAGUCAAUGAUUGUAGGGUGGGAUGGACAGGUUCCUAGCUUGUACGCCAUGAAUGACAAGGGAAAGCUGCUUAAAUCAAAUUUUACGGCCAUUGGACGUGGAUCAGAAUCAGCCUUUAUUAGUGUGGAACUCAGGUAUCGUUACCAUCUGUCUUUUGCUGAAGCCAAAGGGUUGGCCGGGCGCGCGAUGUGCCUUUCUGCAAUUGAUACUGUUAGAUCUGGUGAUGAAAGUGAUCGUUUCUUUAGUGUUUAUCAUGUAGGACCUAAUGGGCGUAUGCUGAUUGCCUCUGAGGAAGUAGAAGAAUACUACCGAAGGAUCACUUCCUGGUAG